CAGGGGAGCGGGGCGCGGGCAGUCCCGGGCUGGCUCGGUCCGCCCCGGCGAUCGCGCGGAUAUGGCGGCGCUGGCGACCGUGGCCAAGAAGGUGUGGAGCGCGCGGCGGCUGCUGGUGCUGCUCUUGGCGCCGCUCGCGCUGCUGCCGGUGGUCUUCGCCCUCCCGCCCAAGGAAGGCCGCUGCCUGUUUGUCAUCCUGCUCAUGGCGGUGUACUGGUGCACGGAGGCCCUGCCCCUCUCGGUGACAGCCCUGUUGCCCAUCAUCCUCUUCCCCUUCUUGGGCAUCCUGCCCUCCAACAAGGUCUGCCCCCAGUACUUCCUGGACACCAACUUCCUCUUCCUCAGCGGUCUGAUCAUGGCCAGCGCCAUUGAGGAGUGGAACCUGCACCGGAGAAUCGCCCUCAAGGUCCUGAUGCUCGUUGGGGUCCAGCCAACCAGGCUCAUCCUGGGGAUGAUGGUGACCACCUCCUUCCUGUCCAUGUGGCUAAGCAACACCGCCUCCACUGCCAUGAUGCUGCCCAUCGCCAGCGCCGUCCUGAAAAGUCUCUUUGGCCAGGAGACUCGGAAGGACCUCGGCCAGCAGAGUGAAGAGAACGCAGCUGCUGUGCGGAGAAACGGGCUGCACGCGGUGCCCACGGAGGUGCAGUUUCUUGCUGGCACGGAAGACAAAGACUGCCCUGAGGCGGAGGCUCCCUUGGAUCUUCUGGCAGACUGCAAGAAGGAGGGGGAAUACCACAGGAACAUCUGGAAGGGUUUCCUUAUCUCCAUUCCCUACUCAGCCAGCAUUGGGGGCACUGCCACCCUCACGGGCACGGCCCCCAACCUCAUCCUGCUUGGCCAGCUCAAAAGUUUCUUCCCACAGUGCGAUGUGGUGAAUUUUGGCUCCUGGUUCAUUUUUGCCUUCCCUCUCAUGCUGCUGUUCCUGCUGGCGGGCUGGCUGUGGAUCUCCUUCCUGUAUGGGGGAAUGACCCUGAGGGGCUGGAGGAGGAAGAAGAAAUCUGAGAUCAAGACGGAUGCAGAAGAUAGAGCUCGAGCAGUGAUUCGGGAAGAAUUCCAGAACCUGGGACCCAUCAAGUUUGCCGAGCAGGCCGUGUUCACCCUCUUCUGCGUGUUCGCCAUCCUCCUCUUCUCCCGGGAUCCGAAGUUCAUCCCUGGCUGGGCCAGCUUCUUCACCCCUGGGUUUCUUUCCGAUGCUGUCACUGGAGUGGCCAUUGUCACCGUCUUGUUCUUCUUCCCGUCCCAAAGGCCCUCUCUCAAGUGGUGGUUUGACUUUAAAGCUUCCAACGCGGAGACAGAGCCCUUGCUGACGUGGAAGAAGGUCCAGGACACGGUGCCCUGGAACAUCAUCCUUCUCCUGGGAGGGGGCUUCGCCAUGGCCAAAGGCUGCGAGGAGUCGGGGCUAUCGGCGUGGAUCGGUGGGCAGCUGCACCCCCUCGAGAACGUGCCGCCCCCGCUGGCCGUGCUGCUCAUCACUGUCGUCGUCGCCUUCUUCACCGAGUUUGCCAGCAACACGGCCACUAUCAUCAUCUUCCUGCCCGUCCUGGCGGAGCUGGCCAUCCGCCUGAGGGUGCACCCCCUCUACUUGAUGGUCCCCGGCACAGUCAGCUGCUCUUAUGCCUUCAUGCUCCCGGUCUCGACGCCCCCCAACUCGAUUGCCUUCGCCUCCGGACACUUGCUGGUCAAAGACAUGGUGCGGACAGGCCUCCUGAUGAACCUGAUAGGCGUCCUGCUGCUCAGCUUGGCCAUGAAUACUUGGGCACAGACCAUCUUCCAGCUGGGCACCUUUCCGGAUUGGGCCGACAUCCACUCAGCCAACAUCACAUCACUGCCGUCCGCCUUGCCCAACGACACAUUUCGGACCCUUUGAGCCCCGCUCCGGGACUCUCUUUGGGCUGGGCCCUCCCAGAAGGCUUUGGCCAUCACCCGCUGCUAGGAAACAAGCUCUCUGAGCUGUUCUGUGGCUAGGAUGCAAAGGAGCCUUAUUUCAGCAAUCUGGAAUGGUGUUUGUCUUAAACAGUUGGAAACGGGGGCCACCGAAUCGCAUGGGCACAA